AUGAGUAAAUCGAUUAUUCUACUUUUUGCCUUCGUGCAUCUUCUUGCUAUAACUAUUCGAGCUGGUGAUGUCGAAACAGUUACCAGUGAUAUUGCAACCGACUCCUCAUUAUCAGAUGGUCAAGCUUCAACAGAUGACAGUGCUAGUGUCAGUGCCAGUGAUAUUUCAACCGACUCCUCAUUAUCAGAUGAUCAAGCGUCAAUAGAUGACAGUGCUAGUGUCAGUGCCAGUGAUAUUUCAAUCAAUCUCUCAUUAUCAAAUGAUCAAGCUUCAACAGACGCCAGUGGUAGUGGCGGUGACAGUGACAGUGACAGUAACAGUGAUAGUGACAGUACUGAAAAUUACUUGGGUGAAGUUCUUCAAAAAGAUCCAACUGUUAAAAACUGCAAUAAUGGUUCAGCGCGCGACUCUUCUUCAUCAUCAUCAUCAUCAUCAUCAUCAUCAUCAUCAUCAUCAUCAUCAUCAUCGUCGUCGUCGUCGUCGUCGUCUUCGUCGUCAUCGAGUGAGUCACAAGAUGAAAGUGAUUCGGAUCAAGAACCAGACAUUGUUCGAAGAGACUCCUAUCGUAGCGAAGCUAGUGAAUACGAAACUGAAGAAGUCGCGAUGGAUGUGCCCGAACCACCAUUGAAAUAA